AUGGAGGCACACUUUGACUCAGCGGAAUUAGUCGAGAAUGCAAUUAGUAUACGUUUACCAGACUAUAAUCCACGCAACCCAAGGGUAUGGUUUCACCAGGUUGAGGCCGUUUUUGCCACCCGACGCAUCGCUUCCCAAGUCACCCGGUUUUCCUAUGUUGUCCAGCAUCUUCCUUGUGAUGUAGCAACAGAAGUUGAAGAUCUGUUGGAAGAUAUUCCUAAGGAAAAUCCGUAUGACGCCCUUCGAGCGGCCGUCAUAAGUAGGACAGGGAAAUCAGAAAACAAAAUGCUGCGGGACUUAUUCACCACCGUCGAACUUGGGGACAGAUCGCCAUCACAACUGCUUCGCCACAUGCGCAGUCUCCUCUGCGGCCGUAAGCUAGCAGAGGAGAUCAUGGCCCAACUAUGGCUCGACGAACUCCCACCCUCCAUGUCCCACGUUAUCAGCGCUCUCGUUGAUGAACACAGCAUAGAGCAGCUAGCCCGGAUGGCGGAUAAGAUACACGAAACAUACCCCAGUAACUCCGUAAACUCCGUCUCCAGCCCUGCACACACUACAAAUUCCGCCCCGCUUCUUGCUUCUAUAUCGCGCCUACAAGCCAAGUUUGACGCUUUGACCGAUCGCCUACAACGAACCGUGUUUAAGUGCGAUGGUGAUUAUGGGGAUUCAUCUAUACACGGUAACCUAAUCCAACGGCUAAAAACGACUCGUCAUACUCACAACUGUACUCGAUGUCGCGUGUCUUCGGUUCGUAUCGUGACAGCUGGGCCUUUACCCAUGUGUGGCGCUGGUUAUGAGGCCUCAUCUGUACGCGCCAACGUAAUCCAAUGA